CUUGACAGAGCACUGAGUGAAGCAUUACAUGUAAAGUGCGCGCACCUUGUUACAUAUUAUUUACAAUUUUUAUUAAGUAAAGUAAUUAACUUAUUGUUGUUGACUAGUUAUAUUGAUUAUUGUUCAUUUACCAAAUUAUUAUUUUUUCCUUUUGAGUUUAAUAAAUUAUUGAUAGCAGUUUAUUUAAAGCCAAAGAUUCUUAAAAAAAUUGCGAUUGUAAACAUUGGAUAUUUCUGUAAAAUAAAAUAAUACAUGUUCUAACUUUUUAGACCUAAGAUUUUUUAUUUAUUUUAAUUGUAUCACUCCGUACUCUAUAAAAUAUAAUGAGUCCUAAAAGUACGAGUGCUAAAAAAGCAGAAGUUUCGUCGGCCGGUAAAUUAUAUCUCAUAGCGUAUAAUACUGUGCAAACAUUAGGAUGGGGGUACCUGUUGUUACAAACGUUAGUGUAUUUCCUGAAUCGGGGCUCUCUGGACAAUUAUUGGCCUGAAAUCAAGUGGACUGUAGUGAUCUUCCAGAAUGCUGCAAUAGUAGAGGUGGUGCACGCGGCCACCGGGCUGGUGCCGUCGGGCGUGGCCACCACGCUGGCGCAGGUGUACUCGCGCGUGUUCCUCGUGUGCGGCGCGCUGCUGGCCACCACCGGCGCCACGCUCAGCCCCGGCCUGCCGCUCUGCGUGCUCGCCUGGUCCAUCACCGAGACCAUCCGAUACGCCUACUACGCCCUCAACCUCGUCAACUUUGUGCCGCGGUUCCUGCUAGUCACCAGGUACUCGACGUUCCUGGCGCUGUACCCGCUGGGCGUGACGGGCGAGCUGCUGUGCAUGUACCACGCGCUGGACGAGAUCGCCGAGCGCCAGCUCUGGUCCGUCGCCAUGCCCAACAAGUACAACUUCGUCUUCAGCUACUACCACUUCCUAGUGUUCUACAUGUUCCUCUAUGUUCCUCUCUUCCCCGUACUUUUCGGUCACAUGAUGAGCCAAAGAAGAAAAAUGCUAGGAAAGGACCCGAAGAAAACUCAAUAAUCGUAUGUUCGUUACGUAAGGGUCUCAUAUUAUAGUUAUUUUUUGCAGAGGCACAAAUUGAUCAUAAUAAAAAUUCCUAUUUAUUAUUUUUAGCCUAAAUUGUAUGAAAGCGUAUGCGAUAUUUUAAUUUUAUUAACAUGUUUGUGACCAUUGUAGAGGAUUGUGUGUGCUGUGUGACAAAAUCAAAUUAGAAUAAGUAAUAACUCACUUCGGAUUAUUUUAUUAGGCUACCACUGUCUCAUGUUAAUGUCCAUGUCCGCGACACAUUUCGCUUGCUUUCAGCGAAAAUAUGGCGGUGACACUUUCAUUUUCAUAUUGCUAACGAAAUAAAACAAAUUGAGCAAUGUGGAACAAGGGGGGUAAUUGAAACAUUCUUAUAUCGAAACGAGAGAAAUACUAGAGAAAAAUCUCGACAUUAGUACUAUUAUUACCCCCGAAGUUACACACAAAGUUUUUCAUCACACUUGCGAAGAUUAAAAUCAACAUUUUAAGGGAACUAAUUUUACGGUGAUAUAUUAAAUAUUCAUCCGCCAAAUUAAAUUUCAUCAUAAAGUGUAUUUAUUUAUGAUUAGCGUGUAUAUGCUCGAGCACUUCUUUAGUUGUAUUUUUGGUGUAACUAAGUGUUUUAUUCCUAGUUUGUGGGUGCACUUGUAGUUUAAUACAUAUUUGCUUAGUUCACAGUGCAAUUGCAAUGUGGAUGUCUCAAAGAUACCCCCGAGCUAUCUAGUAAAGUAGGUCGUGUCGGUUUGCACUUUCACUUAUUUAUUGCGACGACUCUCUUCGGGGAAACGCAGCCCGCGCACAACAUAUUUCUUGUGUUUAACAAAGGAAGAUAUUCAAUACCUAAAUACAUACAUAAUUGGGUUUAUUGAGUCUUAUCUUAUGUUAUUUAUAUUUAAUUUUAGUUGCCUUUGCGAAAUGCAAGAAUGCUAGAUAAAUUCCUAAUGUAUCGAAUCCUAAUUGUUUGCAACUAAUUUUUAACUUGAUCACGGGAUUUAUCUAGUCGUGAUUUUAAUUAUAAAAUGGUCAAAAACUAAAGCUCAACCAAAGUUUUAUGCAUUAAAAUAAUUUAUUAUUUUACGAUAUCUACUUUUUAAAUAUGUGAUUUUGAAAGGUUUUGAAACAACUUGCAGUUCGAUAUCGCAGUUGUUAUGGUUGGUAUCGGGUGGUCGUUAGCGCACUAUCGUGAGCUGGUUGGGUAUCGGGCGGCCGGGUAUCGGGUUACUUAUCAUUCGAGUCCGAUUAGAGGUCAGAUUAUUCUAGAAUAUUGAUGAGCGAAUAUUCAUUCCUUACUUUACUGCAAACAAUGCCUUAAUUAACAUUGUUCCGGUUGCGACAUUUGUGGAAUUGUAAUUUACUUUUAAUGUUUCUUAAUAGGUACCUACUUCAUUAUUAAAUUUACUCGAUCAUUGCGUAAAUAUGCAUUUCCGUCAUUAUAAAUAUCGUCAAUAAGUUUAGUAAAUUACAUCAGAGGCCGGGAAAAUGAGGAUUUCUGGCCAAGUGGGUAUAUACGGCCGAGCGAGCGUGCGAGCGAGAGAAAAUAAUAUGAAAUCCCUUUACAGUCCUCUCGAGUUGUUGCGCCCAAAAAGCGAUACUUCCCAGCCCAUUUUAAGGAACGUAAAGACAAUAUUUCAUUGCAUGUUUGAGAAAAAAUAAUUACUACAAAUGCGCUAUUUGCAACCUUAACUACGAUAGUUGGAAUGCAUUCGGCAUCGUACCAACUUCAAGCGGUCGUUUUUAACGCGUGCCAGAAGAUUCGUGACAGUGAAAUGACUAUUGUCGAUCGGUCAAGGAGAGCGCUUGCGCAGAGAUAAAUAGUGUAGGUGGGUACCGGCUUUGUACCGAGUAAUAGUACUUACCUACGCUCUGCGAGCAACAACGCAAACAUUCACCUGGAAAGUAGGUAGAGCGUAGCGCGUACUUCCAACAGACUGCCUUGUUGCAAUUACCCGCAACGGUACCUCGAAGUUACAUCACGUUCCGAGUUGUCCAUUUAUUUACUUCCAUCGGAGCUCAUCUCGAGUGGGACGACGUCAGUAAAACUGUUGGUAUAACGUCGGUUCGUCAACAAAGUUUGCCAACUAGUACAAGUAUUGGUGUUAAGCAAACAGCACGUUUAAAUACAUGUCUUCCCGGAACAGCUUUCAUUUAAUGAUUAUUGGUAUUCAGCUCAUAAACGAAAACUGAGACACGAACACUUUCGAGGAAAGUAUGUAGAAGUAUUUGCAAUCCGAUAUUGCUUCCAUAUGUCCGAUUCGUGUGUUACCUAAGAUAUAAACACUUGAGCAGAAGAAAAAUAUUGUUAAUAUCAUUAAAAACUAAUAAUAACGCGGUUUACGCAAUACUCGUCCGGGUUCCGUAUUUUUUGCGUGUUGUUUAUAAAGUCUUGAAUACAUGCACUCCAGCUAUUAUAUGUAACAUAGGCUAUUUUUAUCUGGGAUACACUUUAUUCGUUUCGCAUUUUAUAGGAAAUUUCGUGAGCUAGAUACUUGGAGGAAAUAUAGACUGGACUAGCCUUCAUGUUGCGUCUACGUACAAAUAAUUCUGCCAAGAUUCGCGGGAGGUGAGGAAAUAACACAUGUAAAGGAGUACUCACAAAUGCAAAAAAUAUUAUUGUCAAUACACACGUACAUUAUGAUAAAAAAAUAACACAUGCUCAUUAUGAUGCACACAGACAUAUCACACAUGGAAAUACUUCGUAGAAACACAGUGUAUACGGACGCUAAAUGCGCACGUGUGUGUCUCAAACUAUAGGGAUGAGACAGGCAUCGAUAACUGAAGUCGAUAAUAAUUAAUCAAGCAAAUUAUAAUUUUAAUGAUGUCAUUGCUCUUUUUAGAUCUGUUUAAUGUUUGGCACUAUUAUAAUCAUAUUAAGAUUCACUAAUGACAAUCCUGGGUAGUAGGUAUCACGCGGGUGGACUAGCGAUGGAUAAUAGGAUUAGUAGGUAAAGAAAUAUUUGACAUUUUGACAAAACAUUAAUU